AUGAUGAUGAUGAACAGCACCUGGAGCCACAGUGACGCCAACAUCAGCCUCAGUUCUGGUCCAGAUGACGGUGCUCCCUCCUUCUCUCUGUUUGACCCGGACCUCUCUGGAGUUCUGACUUCCUGUCACAUCCGGGUCGGGGUGGUGGGAUGGAUAACCUUUAAGAUCUUCAUCCUGCUGACGGUGCUUCCGGCGAACUCAGGUCUGAUGUGGAUGUUAGCAAGGAGGCGGAGCUCCAUGACGCCGUCUGAGCUGCUGGGUCUGAACGUCUCCAUCGUGGACGUCCUGUUCUGUCUCAGUCUGCCUCUGGACAUUUACACCGCACUGCACAGAACCUCCAGAGGCAUCUACGCUGUCAAAGAGUCCCUGUUUGUCCUUAACAUCUUCGGCUGCCCGCUGCUGCUCACCUGCAUGUGUUUGGAGCGUUACCUGGCCGUGGCAUGGCCUUUCGUCUACCAGCGCUUGGGGAGGCGAGGUUACAGGCUGGCUCUGUGCGCCUGCGCCUGGGUCCUGACCUUGGCUGUGGCCCUGCUGGGGUUCUUUUGCGCGGUCUUUGUCAGGGCCCUGUACCAGUCCAUCACCAUCUCCCUGCUGUUCCUUACCAUGCUGCUGUGUCUGCUAGGGAUUGUGGGGGUUUUGCGUCGUAGCGGUCCAGGAGACAGCUCAGGGACCAGCGUUCCUCAGAGAAAAGCUCUGAGAAACAUCUCCGCCGUCCUGGUGCAGUCGGUGGUGGCGUACUCCCCUGUGGUGGGUCUGGUCCCGCUCUUGGUGGUGAUCCUCACAGAGGGCGGGGACACCAGUCGCUCCCAGUGCUUUAUCCUUCAGCUGUUGCUGUUGUUUCCCAACUUUGGCCUGUUCAUCGCACCCAUGUUCUACCUGUCCCAGAUCAGACGCAGGAUCUGCUGGAACAAAGACCAGAAACUUCCAACUUCCAGAACUCAGGCAGAUCAGACGAGAGUAACUCAGACCAGGAACAGUAAAUCUGACACUGUCACAAAACUGCGGAACAUUUCCACUUGA